AUGCAUCGCCACAAUGCCAGCGUUUACAUGACGCCUGGCGACGCCAAUAGUAUAGAAGCGCAUGCGCCAACAACGAUGCCAAUACUCCCAAAUACGCCACCACGCACACCACAAAUCAAUGCGCCGAUGCGUGGUAAAAUUAUCGGCGAGGCAGGACUCUCAGCGCUGCCAACAGCGGCGCCCAUACCGGCUUUCGCACCAGGCACCGACAUAAUCGGUAGUAUGUUGGGCGAUUUCGGCAUCUGGCAGCUGCGCUCGGUGCUGAUACUCUUUUUGUGCAAAUUACCCGCCUCCUGGUUUAUGGCCUGUAUUAUCUACACAGCGCCGGAAAUUAAGCCGAACACGCAGUACUACUGUGACUCAACUCAGCUGAGCGCAAAUCAGACGAUAUCAGAGGAUCAGUGCUAUUUAGAGGACUCUAGUGCCAGUGUGGCGCGAAAGCCAUGCACGCGUUUCGACUACGACGACAACUUCUAUUCGCUCAUCAUCCAAUACAAUUUGGUUUGCCUGCGUGAAAUUUUUGUUGCGUGGACGCAAUAUUGGCAUCUGUUUGGUGUGCUGGUGGGUGGCGUCUUAGGCACCAAAGCUAUGCUGAAACUCAGCCCGCGCACGGUAUACAUUAUCGGCGCCGUACUGCAGAUCAUUUUGGGCGUCACUACCGGCUAUUCAAUAGAUCUAUCAAUGCAUUGCCUUUUUCGUUGCCUCGCAGCUGUCGGUUGCGCGCUAAUGUUCACCUCGGCGCAAGCGAUAUUUGUCGACAUCACUGGCGGCCGCUAUCGCACUGGUGUCAUCAUACUCUACGACACUUUCUGGUCGUUGGGCGUAAUACUAUUGCCGGGCAUUUCGUCUUUCUUCAAAAGUUGGAACGAACUCUACUUGGGCAUUACAUUCCCCACCAUUGUGCUAUUGUUCCUGCUGCAAUGGACACCAGAGUCACCGCGUUGGCUGUUGAAGAAUGGCAACGACCACGAUGUCUAUCGCGUGGAGCGCAUGCUACGCAAGGCUGUUGACAUCAACGAACGCACAUUCCUCAUGCCGGAUGACUUUCGGCAGCAGUUGACGAAGUUACGCAAUACAUUGCGUUCACAGAAGCCACCGGCUACAUGGCUACAGCUGUGGCGCGGUCCACGUAGUACACAUUACAUGUUGGCGGCGCACAUAGCACUUGCUUGCUAUAUUGUCAACUACAUGGGCAUGUUGUUGAAUUUGCGCUCA